AUGGGUGACACCAGCAACAAGGGAGAGACACCGGCAAAGCCCCGUAGCUGGACCGUCCCAGGUCUCGUGUGCCUGGCUGCCGUCGGCCUGGCAGCCUUCUUUGCAUACAGCCAAAACGCAACUGCGCAGAUCAGCCAGGAUGACUACGCAGCAAGGACGGAGAUGGUGUUACGGACGACGCCCUUGAUCGAUGGCCACAACGAUCUUCCAUUUCUCCUCAGGUUGGAGCUGCACAACCAGAUCUACGAUAACAAGUCCUUCCCCUUCCGGGAGAGCGAGCCUAGCCAGUCACACGGACCUGGCACGCAUGAAUCCUGGUCCGUCUUCGUCGAGUGCGACAAGUCCAAGCUCGCGCACCCCAACGACCCAACCCACGCCGUCCGUGACACGCUGGAACAAAUCGACGUCGCCCGGCGCCUCAUCGCGUCGUCGACGCCCGAGCUCGGGUUCUGCGACACCUCGUCGUGCGCGGGGGCGUCGAUCGCCGUGCUCCGGCAGCUGCACGGCCUCGGCGUGCGGUACGUCACGCUCACGCACAACUGCGACAACCCGUUUGCCACUGCGGCGUCGACGGUCACCGCCACGGGCGAGGAUGCCGGGCUGAGCGCGUUUGGCCGCGCGGCUGUUGCGGAGAUGAACCGGUUGGGUGUGAUGGUGGACCUGGCGCACGUGUCGCACCGGACGAUGCGGGAUGUGCUGGACGUCACGGAGGCGCCGGUUAUUCUUAGCCAUAGCACGUGCUACGAGCUGGCUAAGGUCUACCGUAGCGCGCCGGACGACGUGCUGGCAAGGCUGAGGGAGAAUGGGGGCGUUCUGAUGGUCAUGUUUGUGCGGCAGUUCCUGGACAAGGAGAACCCUGGGGCGGCGAACAUCGAGACGGUGGUCGAUCACAUCAUGCACGUUGAUGAGGUUGCUGGCUGGGAUCACGUCGGCAUCGGGGGUGAUUUUGACGGGGUCGGGCUCACGGGUGUCGCGGAUGGUGUUAAUUCUGUGGCUGACUACCCUGCUCUCAUCCAGGCUGUGAUGAGGAGGGGUGCUACGGAUGAGCAGAUCAGGAAGUUGGUGGGCGAGAACAUCCUGAGGGUUUGGAAGAAAAACGAGGAGGUAGCUGCAGAAAUCUCUGCAAGUAGGAGGCCGGUUGAGGAUGUGUGGGAAGGCAGAACGUGGUUCAGCGACUGGGAGAAAUCCGUGCCUGUGGUGGUACCUGGUAACCCCAAUAGGCACCAGUGA